AUGCUUGCCUGCGUCGAUGGAUCGAUCAAUGCGAGUCGUCAGUUUGCCUAUGCGUCCAUCGGCGAGCACCGGGAAAGCUUUGUGACACCGUCUUUUGCGCGGGAGGAAAUGGGUUCCAUGGCGUAUCCCCACAUGGCACCUGGCUGGCAAGGUUUACCAACAACGGAAAGCUUCAUCAACAAUGACCAGCCGCAUAACUACGACGGCACCUUAGCCGAUCUGCUGUGGCCCUGGGAGCCGCUGUCCGAGGGGGUCGGAACGAGCUUCGCAGAAAUGAACCCUCUCAUGUGGGCGCCGCCUGGCCCACCGGUAGACGCCUACGACUACCGCGCUUCCCCGCCGCCCUACGACCAGCAAGUCGAGGAUGAGCAGGACGUUGAGACGCAUAUGGCGGCCUGCGCAUUGACAGUAAGCCCAUGGUGCCCCACGAUGCGUUCGCUGGAGGCAGCCCCGCGCGGCAAUUCAUCGCUUUGCGACGUACGCGACCUCACACCCAGGGAGGAGUCAGGCGAAUUCCGGCAGCAGCAGCAGCCUUGUUGUGACCCGCAGUGGCCGACAGAUUAA